GAGCAUUAAGGCUGCAUGCACUAAGGGAAGGGGCUCAGGAGACCGGGGACCUGCUCCGACCUGGCUUGCAGUUGUCAGCGAGGCACAAGACCGUGGUCUUUAGCGCAGGAUAGAUCAGACGAGUGCCCCUCGCGAUCACAUAGAAUCCAGUGAGCCGUAGCGCGGCAAGAGGAAGCAGGAGAAUCACAGAAUCACUGAUUGGACUUCCUGGAACUCAGGGUAUGGAUAAAUUGGGACAGAUCAUCAAGUUAGGCUACCUCAUCUAUGAACAGUGUGAAAAGAUGAAAUACUGCCGGAAACAGUGCCAGCGUCUAGGAAGCCGAGUGCGCGGCAUGCUACAGCCUCUCCAGAGGCUCCAGGCCCAAGGAAAGAAACUGCCCAAUGACAUUACUGCUGCCAUGGGCCGCUUUGAGGAAGUCCUGAAGGAGGCAAACCAGCAGAUAGAAAAGUUCAGCAAGAAGUCCAAUAUCUGGAAGUUUGUAACUGUGGGCAAUGAUAAGAUCCUCUUCCAUGAAGUGAAUGAGAAGCUGAGAGACGUCUGGGAGGAGCUCUCGCUGCUGCUUCAGGUUGAUCAAUGGAAGCCCGUUUCAGGCGUCAGCCAACAAGCAUCCUGGCAGCAGGAGGAUCAACAGGAUGCAGCAGAAGACGGAAAUGAAAACAUAAAAGUUAUUUUGAUGCAGUUGCAAAUUGGCAUGGAAGAAAUCAACAAAACCCUGAAGCAGUGCUUACUAAAACCCGCAUGGGAGAUGCCACAAGAUCUCCAAGUCAAGGAGAUUCCAAAAGAACAUCUUGGACCUCCAUGGACCAAACUGCAGACAAAUAAAAUGAGUACAAUUUAUAAAGGAGAGUAUCACAGAUCUCCAGUCACCAUCAAAGUAUUCAACAACCCCCAGGCUGAAAGUGUUGGAAUAGUGAGACUCACUUUCAAUGAGGAGAUCAAAACCAUGAAGAAAUUCGAUUCUCCCAACAUCUUACGUAUAUUUGGGAUUUGCAUCGAUCAAACAGUGAAGCCCCCUGAGUUCUCCAUUGUCAUGGAGUACUGUGAACUUGGAACCCUGCGGGAACUGCUGGAUAGAGAAAGGGACCUCACAAUGAGUGUGCGCAGCCUCCUAGCCCUGAGGGCAGCCAGAGGCUUGUACAGGUUACACCACUCAGGAACACUCCACAGAAACAUCAGAAGCUCCAGCUUCCUGGUAGCCGGAGGCUACCAAGUAAAGCUUGCAGGGUUUGAGUUAAGCAAAACACAGACUUCCAUCAGCCGGGUGACAAAGAACAUUAAAGCAGAGAGAUUCAGUUCGACAGCGUAUGUCUCCCCUGAGAGACUGAAAGAUCCAUAUUGCGAAUAUGUUAUAAAUGUUGAAAUAUACAGUUUUGGAAUUGUUCUCUGGGAAAUCGCCACUGGAAAGAUCCCAUUUGAAGGCUGUGAUUCUAAGAAGAUCUAUGAGCUGGUGGUUGAAGAAAAGAAGCAGGAGCCACUGGGUCAGGAUUGCCCUGAGCUGUUACGGGAGAUCAUUAAUGAAUGCCGGGCCCAGGAACCCUCCCAACGGCCCUCUUUGGAUGGAAUCUUGGAGAGACUGUCUACAGUUGAAGAAUCCAUGGACAAGAAGCCCUAAGAGGGACAAACUGGACAUUUGUCCUUCAUGUCUGUUAACAGUAUCAACUUAUUGCUGGGUGCAAAAAUCUUUCUUCCUUGCUUGCUUGCUUUUUUUUUUUCUGUCUUUCUUUUUCUUGAGAUGGGAUUUCACCAUGUAGCCCCUGCAAGCCUGGAACUUGCUAUGAGGAACAGGCUGACCCAAAUGCAAAGAAAUCUUCUAGUUUUUGCCUCCUGGAUGCUAGGAUUAAGGGCAUAGACCACCAAACCUGUCAAAGUUCUUAUUUGUUACAAAUAGAAAACAAUUCCAUGGGACUGGAGACAUGGGUCUGUGGUUAAGAGCACUGGCUGUUCUUCCA